AUGAAGCGAAAGUUUGUUGGCUUCUUUGCGAGGAUGAUGCUGAGCAUACCUGUCGCCCGAGCAGUAGAUGGCGCAAAACCUGGUACUGGGAAAAUAUCAAUAUCUGAACACGAUCCUUGUCUAGUAAUCGGACAUGGCACUCGAUUUUUGCAAGAGCUCAGUCCCAAUAUGCGAAUAAUGCUUCCCAGAUCCGUCAACUCAGCUAUUGCUGAGGUCGUUGAAAUUAUGUCUGAUACUCAGUUACGUAUCAGGAAAAGAUUCGGCGGAGAAAGCGGCAAAGUCGCGCCCACUAUCAUGGAGAAGCUGAAGGAGCUCCAUGCUCAAUGUGUGCCUGGUUUCGAGUUCAAACUGAUGCCUCAUGUUAAUCAACAAGACAUGUAUCAUCAUGUCUAUGAACGACUUACUCAGGGAGGCUGCAUUGGUAUCUUCCCGGAAGGUGGCAGUCACGAUCGCACCGAUCUCCUCCCGCUAAAAGCGGGAGUCUCGCUAAUGGCUCUGGGCGCUAUGGCUUCCAACCCACAUUUGAAGGUCAAGAUUGUUCCUGUUGGGCUGUCUUACUUUCAUCCUCACAGAUUUCGUUCCCGUGUGGUCGUGGAAUUUGGCGCAGCACUUGAUGUUCCACCUGAGUUGGUGGAGAUGUUUAAGGAAGGGGGUACUCAAAAGCGACAAGCUGUGGGCCAGCUUCUCGACUAUAUCUACGAUGCACUGAAGAUAAUAACGAUUAGGGCUCCAGACUACGAUACUUUGAUGCUAUGUCAAGCCGCCCGUAGACUGUAUGAACCCCUUGGGCAGCAUCUUACAUUAGGGCAAGUGGUGGAAUUGAAUCGGCGCUUUCUGGAGGGGUAUCUUCACUUUGAGAACGAGCCGAAGGUUCAAAAGCUGCGGGACGAUGUCCUCAGAUACAAUCGUAUGGUCCAAGACCUUGGAUUGCGUGACCACCAAGUUUCUCGAGCUGAAAAAGCGAGCUGGCAAACGUUAGGGCUUCUACUGUAUAGAUUCAGUCUUCUCAUGAUGUGGGCUACCCUGGCAUUGCCUGGUGUCAUUCUCAAUGCCCCUAUUUUCUUGUCUGCGUCUAUCAUGUCACGGCAGAAAGCCAGAGAGGCGCUUGCCGCCUCAACUGUCAAGAUUGCUGGCCGGGAUGUUUUGGCCACAUGGAAGAUAUUAAUAUCUUUGGGUCUUACGCCUAUACUGUACGGAUUCUACGCAGCCGUUGCUGCUAUGCUUGCAAUUAAAGCGAAUGCGCCAUUUUGGUGGAGAUUUUGGACACCAUUCCUCACUAUGUUUAUCCUUCCGUGCAUCGCGUAUGCAGCGUUGAAAUUCGGCGAAGCUGGCCUGGAUGUUUUCAGAUCCUUGAGACCACUUGUUGUCACACUUAUUCCCGGACAGUCGCGUUCGUUGGAACAGCUCAAGAUCAUGCGCGAGAAGGUGUCCAAUGAGCUCGCAGAAGUUGUCCGCGAAUUUGGACCAUUAUUAUACGACGAUUUCGAUGAAGUAAUCGCCAUUUUUCUUCCUCCACCUUCAACUGGGAGGCCAGGCAUUUGGCGUCGAAUUAGUGGUACGGGCGGAAUAGAUGCACAGGGCCAUUUGCUCGUUCAUCCUAUGAAGGCCUGGCUAGAUGAGCGACUUUUUGGGUGGAGCAAGAGUGUAUCCCAUUGGACAAGUAUAUCUGGGACGCCGCGCGAAGGUAUCAGCAGCUCAUCAUCGGUUGACGAGUUUGACGAUGAAGACGAAGGUGAUUAUGAUCAAAUACUUGGCUACCUUGAGACCUAUAAGUCGUGGGGAAAUAAGAGGAUACGCAGUCAAAGGACGUCCUACGCGGAUUUCCAGACUUUGCGCGCGGAUGCGAUCGCUGCGUUGGUUUUGAGUGGAAAAUCAUCUAUCCCAGUGGAAGGUCUUCGUCAUCGGAAAUGA